UCUAGGCUUGGUUCUAAAUUAUAGGAUUUGUUCCGAUUUUCCGCUUUGUCUCGGUUUCGUUCUUUCUUACACGAGGUCUCCGACAUGCCGCAGAACGUCAAGAGAUCUGGCAAGCCCAAGCCUGCAGGAAAGGGCAAAAAGAAGAAGACCAGUCUGCGUUACACCAUUGACUGCACUCAUCCAGUAGAAGAUGGAAUCAUGGAUGUUGGCAACUUUGAAAAGUUCCUCCAGGAAAGGAUCAAAGUAAAUGGAAAGACUGGAAACUUUGGAAAUAAUGUGGCUCUAGAGAGGAAUAAGAACAAGAUUAAUCUCACUUCUGAUAUUCCUUUCUCCAAGAGGUACCUAAAAUACAUGACCAAGAAAUACCUGAAAAAGAACAACCUGAGAGAUUGGCUUCGAGUAGUUGCCAACAACAAGGAGUCUUACGAGCUCAGGUACUUCCAGAUCAACAACGAGGAUGAGGAGGAAGAUGAAGAUGAAUAGGCUGCAUUAUAUGUUGUACAUAGUUGGUACAAUAAAAUAUAGUCAGCUUUUA